GUCCAUCAUCAACGGCCAAUCGUCCAUCUGACGCCUAUACAGCGACAUCUCGUCUAUCCAUCAACCAUCGUACAUAUACGGUUUACAAUAAAUGAACGACGCAGGAUUACUCCAAAAAAAACACUCAUUUGACGCACGGUGAACUUGUGUCUGCCAUAUAAAUCCGUCCCUUCGCCGCCUUUUUUUCCUUUCGUCUGAAACCCUAAACGCUAGCCCUAGUCUCCGAGCGUUGGUGGAGGGUGUUUCAGAUCCCUUUCGGUUCGAUCACAAAAAAUUCAAUGGCAGAAGACAUUGCAGUCGAAACAGCAGUUCCAGCUCUUGGGGAGCCCAUGGACUUGAUGACAGCCCUGCAACUCGUGAUGAAGAAAUCAUUGGCCCAUGAUGGGCUUGUUCGUGGACUUCAUGAAGCUGCCAAGGCCGUCGAGAAGCAUGCAGCACAACUUUGUGUGCUGGCUGAUGAUUGCGACCAGCCUGACUAUGUCAAGCUUGUUAAAGCACUUUGUGCUGAACAUAAUGUGCACUUGGUUACAGUUCCAGCUGCUAAAACUCUUGGCGAGUGGGCAGGGCUUUGCAAAAUUGAUUCAGAGGGGAAGGCAAGGAAAGUGGUAGGUUGCUCAUGUGUGGUUAUCAAGGAUUAUGGAGAAGAAUCAGAGGGCCUUCAUAUAGUUCAGGAGUAUGUGAAAUCCCACUGAAAAUUGACUUAAUAUUUUCAGAAGGAUGAGCAGUAACGAUUUAAGAUGUCAUAGACUUCCGGUUUACUUUUGGGCCAGUAUAUGUGGAGUUGUGCAGCUCAUUAGAUUAUGAACUUCUGUUUCGGAAAAUUCUCAGUUUUAUCAGAUUUUUUGCUUGGUAAUCUUGUACCUUAAAUUUUUGCACAAUGUGUUUGGCAGCAACUCAUGGGGAAUGUGAAGAUUUAGUUUAAAAUUGUUAGUUGCAUUGGUCAUCCUAAUAUUUAAUGGUUAUUUGUGUAAUCUGACCCAACAUGGUUCUCCAAUGGGCACGCUACCCUCAUCAAA